GCAAGUCCACUGUGUGGAGAAGUAUAGCUGUGGAGGUCUUACUAGCAGUGCAAGCAGGGGUACUCAUAAUAAUAAUGAUAAUGAUAAUAUAGUGUGGUGAGACUCUGUAAAGCAGGGGAAGUGCUGUAGGGCACAGCCCGGCCCAUGCAACACCUUCCUAGUUGUAGGGAACUCAUUUUGACUAGGAGGGAGCCCUAACACUUGUACAAGGGGGGGAGGUGAUCAGAUUUGCACUUAUUUAUUUUUUAAGAUAUGUGUUUAAAAUGUAUUUUUAAAAUGCAUGUAACUUUUUAGGCUGGGGAGAUAGCGUAAUGGUCACGCAGAGGACUUUCAUGCCCGAGGCCCGGAUAUCCCAGGCUCAGUUUCCAGCACCACUGUCGGCCAGAGAGAGCUGAGCACUGAUCUGUUGUCGUCGCCGAUAACGGAGCGCCCGCGGAUAUGCUCCUGUUAUUUGUUUUCGGGCUGCUCAUACACUUGGUGUUCUUUGCCUCCAUCUUCGACAUUUAUUUCACGUCUCCAUUAGUUCAUGGGAUGACGCCACGGUCCACACCAUUGCCUCCUCCAGCAAGAAGACUGGUGCUUUUUGUUGCUGAUGGACUGCGGGCACAUACACUUUAUGAGCUUGAUGAAAGUGGAAACCCUCGAGCCCCAUUUAUUAGGAGUAUCAUAAUGCAUGAAGGCAGCUGGGGGAUAUCUCACACCCAUGUGCCAACGGAGUCUCGGCCAGGCCAUGUCGCCAUGAUAGCUGGGUUCUAUGAAGAUGUCAGUGCAGUUGCCAAAGGAUGGAAGGAAAAUCCGGUGGAAUUUGAUUCUCUUUUUAAUGAAAGCAAGUACACAUGGAGCUGGGGGAGCCCAGAUAUCUUACCUAUGUUUGCCAAAGGUGCUAGUGGAGACCAUGUUUUUGCACAUACUUAUGAUUCUGAAAAUGAGGACUUCGGUGCUGAUGAUGCAACAAAACUGGAUUCCUGGGUUUUUGAUAGAGUUAAGGAGUUCUUUGAUGCUGCCAGAUACAACCAAACUUUGUUUUCUCAAGUAAAAGAGGAGAAAAUAGUUUUUUUCUUACAUUUGUUAGGAAUCGAUACGAAUGGCCAUGCUCACCGGCCAUCAUCAAGGGACUAUAAGGACAAUAUUAAAAUGGUUGAUGAAGGAAUAAAAGAAAUUGUGUCCUUGUUUAAUCAGUUUUAUGAAAAUGAUGGGAAAACAGCGUUUAUUUUUACUGCUGACCAUGGAAUGACAGAGUGGGGUUCCCAUGGCGCUGGCCACCCUUCAGAGACUUUUACUCCUCUCGUCACUUGGGGAGCUGGAAUUAAGUAUCCUCAAAAAGUAUCAGCACAGCAGAUUGAUGAUCCCCUUUUGAAAGAAUGGAAACUGGAGAACUGGAAAAGACAAGAUGUCAAUCAGGCAGAUAUUGCACCAUUAAUGGCUUCUCUCAUUGGAGUUCCCUUCCCUCUUAACUCAGUGGGAAUCCUGCCUGUGAAGUAUCUUAACAACACUGAUCUCUUCAAAGCAGAGAGCGUGCUGACAAAUGCAGUUCAGAUUCUUGAGCAGUUCAAGGUGAAAAUGGCCCAGAAAAAAGAAGUCACGUUACCAUUUUUAUUCACACCAUUCAAGUUGCUUUCUGAUUCCAAACAGCAGGAUAUUCUAAGACAAGCAAGAUCUUACAUAAAACAAAAGAAGUAUGACGAAGCAAUCUCCCUUUGCAAGGAGCUGAUUCGUCUUGCACUGGAAGGACUGUCCUACUACCACACUUACGACAGAUUCUUUUUGGGCAUCACUGUUGUUCUUGGUUUUGUGGGAUGGACAUCUUAUGCUUCUCUGUUGAUCAUCAAGUCUCAUUCCAACCUCACCAGAGGUGGUAGUAACAAAAUUAAGAAACCAAAUCAUCUCCUGACAUGUACUUUUGUAGCUGUUGGCAUUGCAAUAGCAUUUUUCCUGCUGAUUCAGUCCUGUCCCUGGACUUACUACGUGUACUGUCUGUUGCCGGUGCCAAUAUGGCAUGCGCUUCUGAGCGAAUUUCCAGUGAUUGAGGACCUUGUCAAGUCUCUGCUGACCUUUCCCCCUGGUCAAUUUAUUGGAAGCCUGUUAGUCUUUGGUCUGGGACUUGAAAUACUAGUUCUCAGUUUUUUCUACCGCUAUAUGCUUACAGCUGGACUUACAGCAUUUGCGGGCUGGCCAUUCGUCACUCAGCUGUGGACUCGAGCAAAGAGCACCUCACUGAGUUGGACUUUGUUCUCUUUGCUCCUGGCAGUGUUUCCACUGAUGCCUGUUGUAGGACGGAAGCCAGACAUCUCUGUGGUAAUGGGAGCAGGCUUGCUGGUUCUUCUUCUGUCCCUGUUUGUUGUGACAUCAUAUAUAAAAAGAAAAGAUAAUCUCGAUGGAGAACUAUUUUUGUAUCUGCUACAGAUACUGAGCAUCAUGCUUUCCAUGUACACCGUGUAUAGCACGCACAGUAGUCUGCAGCGGAAACAAGGACUACCCCUUCUUAAUCAGACCAUUAGCUGGAUCAUAUUAGCCUCUUCCUUCAUCCUGCCACUUCUGAGUCCCACCAUCCUCUUUGAGCGGUUGUUCAGCAUACUCCUUUCCUUGAUGUCCACCUACCUGCUUCUAAGCACAGGGUAUGAAGCUCUCUUCCCAUUAGUGCUGUCAUGUUUGAUGUUCAUCUGGAUACACAUGGAACAAGAAACCCUGCAACAAUCUGGCUUUUCCUGUAAACAGAAGGUCAACAGUAUCCAGUUUGCCUACAAUAUUGAUAUAACUCAGUAUCGAAAGCUCUAUCUCGACGACAUCCGUAGGGCCUUUUUCCUUGUUUUCUUCUUAGUGACAGCAUUUUUUGGAACUGGGAAUAUAGCUUCUAUUAACAGCUUUGAUCUUGCUUCAGUCUAUUGCUUUGUGACGGUGUUUAGUCCUUUUGUGAUGGGAACCCUGAUGAUGUGGAAGAUUUUAAUCCCCUUUGUACUUGUGAUGUGUGCUUUUGAAGCAGUUCAGUUAACUACCCAGCUGUCAUCAAAAAGCCUUUUUCUCAUGGUUCUCGUCAUAUCAGACAUCAUGGCUUUGCACUUUUUCUUCUUGGUCCAGGAUUAUGGCAGCUGGCUUGAUAUUGGAACAAGCAUCAGCCACUACGUGAUCGUCAUGUCCAUGACCAUCUUCCUGGUGUUCCUCAAUGGCUUGGCGCAGAUGCUCACGACCAAGAAACUCACACUGUGCGGCAAACCCAAGAGCCACCUCUUCUGAUGGCGGCAAAGCCACCUUUCAGCCCCAGGGCCCUUUCUCCUGUUUUGGCUGGAAUCUCACCAAGGAGUUAGUAAGAAGAUGGACACCAUUUUCCUGUGGAGAAUAUAAGAGAAUAUGUUCUUUCUAUCUAGAAGAAUGUAGGGGAAUAUGUACCAUAUUCUGCUGUAAGAAAUGUGUGGGGUGAUGCAUUUUAUGGGUUAGCUGGAAUAAAGGAGCUUUCAUGUUCUUUGCGUCUUGCGUGCAUCAACUAGUGAAGAUGUCUGCGGGAAAGCAGAGUCAAGCAUUCUCCGGCUUGGCUUAGCUUUGCCCCUGAGCCGGCAGCUCUUAUCUGCAAAGCCUCAGCACACCUGUGAGGAUUGGGUCCCUGAAUGCAGCUUCCAGUACCAGCAGAGGAGAAUGUGCUCUACUGGGGAAGUGUGAUUACAGCCCCAAUCAGGGCCCAGACUGAACCCAAGGGAAAUCAGGAUGGGGGGGGGGGGGCACCAUACAUAUUUAUCAGCUCUCAGCAGUGGCUUUGCAAGGUCCUAACUACUAACACUGAUAUUAGACGACCAGGAUUGGUGCUUUUAAAUUUACUACAGUGUUGGGGCGAGGGGAGAUGUUGCUGGUGCUUCUCAUUUUUCUUUGUCUAGCGAUCCUGUCUUAAGCUUCACAGAAAAUUUUGUUUCUAGGGUUUCCAGAGUCCCCAGCUCCAUGCAGGCUUACCUUGAUUUGUUUCCGGAUUCCCAUGGAGUUUCUGGAUAUAGAAAAAGUAUAAAGUGUUUAGUGUCUCUGUCUCCUCUGUGGGGGGGGGGGGAAUAAAAUUUGAAAGUGUU